CAAGAAAGAUCAAUCGAUCAUCGUCACAAUGGAUCAAUCGGUGGCUUCAUCUUCGUCACACUAUAUCUCAAUCUUCACAAAUUUCCCACUGAUUUCAUCCCUUCUAGCUUUCACCAUCGCACAAUUCAUCAAAUUCUUCACCUCCUGGUAUAAAGAAAGAAGAUGGGAUUUGAAACGGCUUGUUGGGUCUGGAGGUAUGCCUUCGUCGCAUUCAGCAACAGUUACAGCUUUAGCUUUAGCUGUUGGUUUACAAGAAGGUUUUGGUGGAUCACAUUUCGCUAUCGCUUUGGUUCUCACUACCAUUGUUAUGUAUGAUGCAACUGGUGUAAGGUUACAUGCUGGACGCCAAGCUGAGGUUCUUAAUCAGAUUGUGUAUGAACUUCCUGCAGAACAUCCUCUGGCUGAAAGCAGACCGUUGCGUGAACUUCUAGGUCAUACUCCUCCACAGGUCAUUGCUGGUGGAAUGCUUGGAAUAUCCACAGCAGUUGUUGGGUACUUGGUCAUCUUGAUAGCAAAGUAGCUUAAGGUGUAGCGAAAGCUCGCCUUUUCUGCUCUAUCGUGUGUCAAAGUCACUGGUAGGUAGUUGAAGUAGCCAUGAUAUGCAAAUGUAAUCUGGAAACUGGGUUUCAUCGAUGUUAGUUUCUUUCCUUUUUUUGUGCUGCUCAGCUUCUAAUCAUUGACAACAUAUUAUAGGUUUGUUCUUGUUAGGAAACAUGAAACGUCAUUAUACAGAAUUAUGAAGUGGUAAAAAAGUGGAGUUUGUGCCUUGAAAUAUAGUGAACAUCAUCUG